UUUAUUUACAAUACGCGCUGUAAAGGUAUAUGAAGAACAAACCUAUCUGGGUUGUUACAAGGCUGUCCAGUUGGUGGCGGUAACGAGCCGUUGCUUGUUUUUGUCUUGAAAACAAUAAAGACGAAGAAGCAGUCAAAUAAAGGCGGAAUACUGUGUCUGUAGACUGUAAUAGGUACAAGUUGCGCAGCUUGUUUGCCGUUGCAACCCAAGGCCGCCGUGAAAGGAAAGGCCACAUGGCGACUAGAAACCUGAGACGCACUGGCCUUUCAGACGAAAUAUGCGACAGACUCAAAAGACAACACAUAGAAAGUUGUAAGGAUUUGUUGUCCCUGACACCCAUCGAAGUGAUGCAUGCUGCAGGGUUAAGUUACCAGAAGGCCACAGUGCUGCUGCAGUCAGUGAGCAAAGCAGUCGCACCACCAGUCACCACGGCUCUUGAGAUCUGGAAUCAACACUCACAGUCCUGUUUUUCUACAUCUUUGCCUGCCCUGGAUAAACUACUGAGAGGAGGCUUGCCCUGUGGGACAAUAACAGAGGUGACGGGGCCGUCUGGAUGUGGGAAGACUCAGAUGUGCUUGAUGCUCAGUGUUUUCGCCACAAUGCCAAAGAGUGAGGGCGGCUUGGACAGCAGCGUGAUCUACAUAGACACAGAAGCAGCUUUCUCUGCUGAGAGGUUGCUGGAGAUUGCCCAGAGUCGAUUCCCAAAGUACUUCAACUGCAAGGAGAGAGUCCUGCAUAUGGCUGGCCGGGUGUUUGUCUUCAGGGAGCUCACUUGUGAUGAUGUUCUCCAGAGACUGGAGAGCCUAGAAGAAAACAUUAUCUCCACCAGAGCCGGCCUCAUUAUCUUGGACUCUGUAGCUUCAGUGGUGAGAAAGGAGUUUGACACCAAACUUCCUGGGAUCCUAAUGCAGCGCAGCAGUCUGCUGAGCCACGAGGCCUCUGUCCUCAAAUAUCUAGCUCACCAGUUCAACAUACCUGUGGUCCUGACCAACCAGAUCACAACUCAUUCAGGGGAUGGAGGAUCUGCUGGGUUUGUGACAGCGGCUCUGGGGAACACGUGGAGUCACAGCAUCAACACACGACUUGUUCUGCAGUAUGUAACCCCACAGCAGAGGCAGAUACUUAUUGCCAAGUCACCUGUGGCUCCAUAUGCUGUGCUGAACUACACUAUUCAGAAGCAGGGAUUCUGUAUAGAGGGAAACGACGGUCAGGAAGCAGCAUAUGGGGGCACAGACCCAGGCCUUCAGCCAAUCGCAGUCCGGACUGAAUUCAGCUACAACCUGGACAGACCCAACACUGCUACCACUGAUGUCACCAUAGACUUCACCGCUGGGAAAAACUCUGAUGAAGACAUUGGACCUGAGGAUGGAUCAGCCUGGUGCCAACCCUGACCUGUAUCUGCUGAGCUGCACCUCUAACACUGGCUGAUCCUAUCUGAUCGUGGUCAACUACAGCUGGAAGCUUCGUUUCUAUGUGUAUUUAUUUAUUUAUCUACUGCCUAAACAGCCUACAACUACUUAGUCCUGGUGACUUAGAUUUGGGUUCUCACCCUUCACAUCACUCAUCCACUGGGAUUUCUGGCAAAAAUCAAUAAAUGAGUUCCUAUGUAAAAUGUC